AUGAGGAGCUGGACAUAUUCGCUGCUGUUGUGCACAGUUUGUUUGGUGCCAACCACUGGAGAGGCGACAAACAACGAUGAUGAGGUCAACCUUAUCAGCUUCCUGAGAGGAAUCUACGCCGGACUCUUGAUGACCGAUGACCCGUUCGUCCUCAACACAGAUUUUGGGAUAAACUCCAUUGCAGGGGAGAGGCCUGACGUCCUCUCGUUCACAGAAGAAAGCGAGGACAAACGUGAGGACAAACCAGUCAAGAAGGACAACAAUGGAACUCCGGGACCUGUGGUGUUGACCAAAAACGGGGCAAUCAAGGGGAUUACAGCAGAUAAGGCCUAUAUUUUUUAUGGGGUGCCAUAUUCAGACCCCCCAGUUGGGGCUUACCGCUGGAAGCCCCCCAGACCUGUGAGUCCAUGGAAGGGGGUUUAUGAUGCCUCCUUCCCCAAGGCGCCAUGUAUGCAAGCGUGCAGAGGACCAAUUGCUGCGGAAUGUCCAAGAAAUGUCAGCGAGGACUGUCUUUAUCUCAACAUCUUCGUCCCCCGGGAUGUGAACUUUAGCUCGCCGCUGCACAGUCCACUUCCCGUCAUGGUGUGGAUCCACGGUGGGGAUUUCAUCGCCGGCUCUGCCUCCAAGCCGCUGUACGACGGCCGCUUCAUGAGCAACUUCACCCACACUCUUGUCGUAAGCGUCGAAUACAGGCUAGGUGCGUUCGGGUUCCUGGUGUCUGGCAAAGACCCCAAGACGUCAGCCAUGGGAAAUUAUGGGAUUCUGGACCAGCAAGCAGCACUUCUUUGGGUCCAGCGGAACAUUGCGAUGUUUGGAGGUGACUCCAGCAAGGUAACAUUAUUCGGAGAGAGUGCCGGUGCUCAGUCUGUGAGUCUUCACCUGAUGAUCCAAAGCAGCAAGCCUUUGUUCAAGCAGGCAGUUUUGCAGAGUCUGCCCUUCUCCAUCCCUCUCAAGACCAGACACGACGCCCUGAAGCUCGGAAAGGACUUUGCAAAGAAGACCAACUGUUCCGUUGGCGACAUUGUCUGCUUGCUGUCGCUCACGCCACAGGCCGUCCUGGAAGCGCAGAUGAAAACAAGUUCCAAACUCGUGAACCCGUUCCGGUUCCUGGAAGUCUUCGAAACGUGGGGUCCCUUCAUUGACGGGGAACUCAUCCAGGAGCAGGCGGUCGUUGCCUUUCAGAAAGGCCACUGGCACAAGGAAAAACCGGUGCUCCUGGGUACAACCUCAGAGGAAGGCGUAAUCUUUGUUUACGGCGUCUUUAACAAGCCCGUGUCUGCCGUGGAGUCCAUCAUGUACGUUACGGCCAUCUUCAAACAACACAGCCUCCGGAUCCUGCACAAGUACCUGCCUCUCUACAGAGACUCCGAUCGGAGGGAUAUGCUGGCUCAGAUCGUCACAGACUUUGUCUUCCUGUGUCCAUCGCGGAGGUCGGCGCGGGCCGGCACAGAAGCGGGAAGCCGAGCGUGGAUGUACGUGUUCGACCACGUGACGUCGGACCCGCGCGUCUGGUCGGGUCUGACUUUCUGCUACCGCCACGUCUGCCACGGCGGCGAGUUGCCGUAUGUCUUCGGUUCGGCCCCCGUAGCCAACUUCACCCUGACGCCGGGCGAGAAGCUGCUGUCCAAUCGGAUGCUGUGUUACUGGGGCGCCUUCGCCCACACGGGCGAUCCGUCCUCGCGGGUCGGUCAGACGACCUUCUGCCGGGAGCAACGUCUCCCCGUGUGGCCUCGCUAUUCGGACACCAGCGGGUGGCUGCUCAUGAACCUGACCCUGCGCUCCCAUGCACAAGUGGAGACCAGGAGCCAUGUGUGUGACUUCUGGGACCAUCUGGGUAUUUACUCGUAGACAAGAUACAAGCGGAAAACAUAAUUUGUGAUAAAAAAUAAAUAAAUAAAUCCUCUUUAGCAUGAAAAUAAUAAAAUACACAGCGAAAAUUCCAA